AGGGCGGCGCGGCGGAACCCUGCGCUCGUUCCUGGCGGCGGGCGCUCCGCUCCGGCCCGCCCCGCACCGGAGAGUAGGCGCCGGGCUCCGGCGUGCUCUGCUGCCGCCACCGCCUCCGCCGCAGAAGAAGGAUGGAGCCGGGCAAGGAGCCCCGGCUGGCCACCGGAGGAAAGCCCAGCGAAUCUGAGCCGUCGGUAUCCUUCCAGGCCCGGCUGUGGAAGAACCUGCAGCUGGGGGGUAAGGGCCGGAGCGGCGGCGGGCGGGCGGGAGCCGAGCGCCGCACUGCGGAGCCCCCCGCUCCGCCGCCGCCGCCGACCAGCGGCAAGGGGGACCUGCCAGCCGGCGCAAAGUGGAGCGGCUUCAAGCGGCGGCGGCAAGUGCUGGACCGCGUCUUUUCGUCCUCCCAGCCCAAUCUCUGCUGCUCGGCGGCCGAGCCGCUGGAGCCGGACGGCGAGUCCGGCUCCGCCCUUCGCCGCCUGCGGGAGCACCUGCUCCCCCAAGGCAAGGGGCCGCCGUCCGCCAGCCGGGUCGUGCCCGCCGCCGGCGAUGAGGGGCAGGCGGGUGGCAAGGAGGGGCGCCGGCCUGGGGCGCACCUGUCCCACCAGAAGAGCUCCUCGUUGCCCAGCACCGCUUGCCUGGAGCAGCUGCUGCAGGGCUCGCCCACCGUCGGCAGGAGACAGGAGCAGCGGGCGGAGGACGGCGAUGGUGGCGGGAGAACAAGUAACUCUGGGGACCCUGGAGUGUACCAGUUGGAUGUUACUUUAAGAAGAGGACAAAAUCUAGCUGCCCGGGACCGUGGCGGAACGAGUGAUCCAUAUGUCAAGUUCAAACUUGGAGGGAAAGAAGUAUUUAGAAGUAAAACAGUACACAAGAACCUCAAUCCUGUGUGGGAAGAAAAAGCUAACAUUCUUAUAGAUAACCUAAGAGAACCAUUGUAUAUAAAGGUAUUUGACUAUGACUUCGGACUUCAAGAUGACUUCAUUGGCUCAGCAUUUUUGGAUCUGACAUCGUUGGAAUUAAACAGGCAGACAGAUGUUACCUUGAGUCUGAAGGAUCCUCAUUACCCUGACCAUGAUCUGGGAAGUAUAUUCUUGUCAGUUCUGUUGGCUCCAGGAGAACAGCGAGAACCGACUAUGCUAAUGAGGAAGAGUUGGAAAAGAUCAAGUAAGUUUCAGACCCAGAGCUUACGUCUCUCAGACCUGCACAGAAAGUCUCAGCUGUGGAGAGGGAUAGUUAGUGUUACCUUAAUAGAAGGUCGUGAACUUAAGGCAAUGGAUGCAAAUGGGCUAAGUGAUCCGUAUGUGAAGUUCCGACUGGGGCAUCAGAAGUACAAAAGCAAGAUUGUGCCAAAAACUUUGAAUCCGCAGUGGAGGGAGCAGUUUGACUUUCAUCUCUAUGAUGAACGAGGUGGAAUUAUUGAUAUUACUGUGUGGGACAAAGAUGUUGGCAAAAGGGAUGAUUUUAUUGGCAGAUGCCAAGUUGACCUGUCGACCCUGAGUAAAGAACAAACCCACAAGCUGGAGAUACCGCUAGAGGAGGGAGAGGGAUACCUGGUGUUGCUGGUCACUCUCACAGCCUCAGCUGCAGUCACUAUCUCUGACCUCUCCGUUAACUCCCUGGAGGACCAGAAGGAGCGAGAGGAGAUACUGAAGAGAUAUAGUCCAAUGAUGAUGUUCCAUAACAUCAACGAUGUGGGAUUUCUUCAGGUGAAGGUCAUCAGGGCAGAGGCAUUGAUGGCAGCUGAUGUCACAGGUAAAAGUGACCCAUUUUGUGUAGUUGAAUUGAACAAUGACAGACUGCUGACACAUACCAUCUACAAGAACCUCAAUCCAGAAUGGAACAAAAUCUUCACAUUUAAUAUAAAAGACAUCCACUCAGUGCUUGAAGUGACAGUUUACGAUGAAGACCGCGAUCGAAGUGCUGACUUUCUAGGCAAAGUUGCUAUACCGUUGCUGUCUAUUCAAAAUGGUGAACAGAAAGCCUACGUCUUGAAAAACAAGCAGCUGACAGGGCCAACAAAGGGGGUCAUCUAUCUUGAAAUAGAUGUGAUUUUUAAUGCUGUGAAAGCCAGCAUAAGAACCUUAAUGCCUAAAGAACAGAAGUAUAUUGAAGAGGAAGACAGACUAUCUAAACAGCUACUGUUGAGGAACUUUAUCCGGAUGAAGCAUUGUGUCAUGGCACUUGUAACUGCUGUCUGCUACAUUAGCAGUUGCUUUGACUGGGAUUCUCCCCCAAGAAGUCUAGCUGCUUUUUUGCUUUUUCUUUUUGUGGUCUGGAACUUUGAGCUCUACAUGAUACCACUGGCUUUGUUGUUGCUGCUGGCAUGGAACUACUUCUUGAUCAUAUCAGGGAAAGAUAACAGGCAACAUGAUACAGUAGUGGAGGACAUGCUAGAGGACGAGGAAGAAGAGGAUGACAGAGAUGACAAGGAAGGUGAAAAAAAAGGAUUUAUGAAUAGACUUUAUGCCAUCCAGGAGGUGUGUGUCACUGUUCAGAAUAUCCUUGAUGAAAUCGCUUCAUUUGGCGAAAGGAUCAAGAAUACAUUCAACUGGACUGUCCCAUUCCUUAGCUGGCUGGCGAUUGUUGCCCUCUCUGUGUUCACUGUCAUCCUGUAUUUCAUUCCACUGAGAUACAUUGUUCUUGUCUGGGGCAUCAAUAAAUUUACAAAGAAGAUUCGAAAUCCAUAUGCAAUUGAUAACAACGAGCUACUCGACUUUCUAUCCAGAGUUCCUUCAGAUGUUCAAGUGAUGCAAUAUCAUGAACUGAAACAAGAUCCCAGUCACAGCCCAAGCAAGAGGAAGAAAAACAACCCUGCCUAGCCAACUUCAUGUGUUGAGGAGACUAGCAUCCACCAGGGGAGAACAAAAGAGCAAGCCUAGGCAGCAUUUCCUUUCCCUAAGCUUUUUAUUUAUUUUGCCUUUUUAUCUUGUGAGGAGAUUUUGUAAAUAGCGUAAAAAGGUGUUUCUCAUUGAAGAUCUCUUUCUCACUGUAAAGACAUUUGUUUCAAGUAACAUUUUUGGCUUUUGAAAGCCUUGUCAGGAACAGCAUAAUGCACUAUAUAAUGCACUAUAAAGGAGUCAAUCUAAAGUGGUAAAUAUGCACAGCUGCUUGGUAGUCAAAGAUACAUUAAUACUCAAUCAUCUGACUAAACCUCCAAAAGGUGUGAAUUUAAAUCUUACUCAAAAAUUUGUCAGUAUCAUCAAGUAAGUCACCAUUACAAUGGUAACAUUACUGUGUUUUAUACAUUUCAUGAGAAACACAAUGUGGUAGAGCCUACUGCACUUAAGUUUUAGCAGAUUUUUUAGUUCUCAGACCUUGAUGUUAACUUCUGGUGCAACAUUUUCCUGUGCAGGUGGUCUGCUUAUAAGAUAAUGAGAAACACCAAGUGCAAAUCUCUUUCUGGAGCUCCCAAAAGCAGUUCCUGAUGUCUUUAUCAUUCCAUUGUAAGAUCUAAAAAUCUCCAUCUCUCUCAAAAUACUGCCAGGUUUAUAACUGAUUGCCUGUCUGAUUUUUCUAUAUGUACCAGUAGUCUUCAUUUGUACUACAUCGUUUAGUGAAUAAAGUUCAUAGUUUUGCUGUAAUGGAAAUAGUAUCAAACUAACUCCAUAUUGCUUUCGGUGUCAUGCUAUGAACACUUUUUGUGCACAUAACUAUUUUAAUACGGAAAUCUUGCAGAAAAUGUUUUUCUUUCAAAUCACAAGAUCAUAUGCUUUACCAAGCUGAAAUAUAGUCUAGAGGAAAAAAAUGCAGUUGUGGUAAAACUGUUUUAUUUUCUUAGCUAUUGAUGUCACUUCUUCUGAUACAAUCGUUAUCUACUGCAUGGAAACUGCAUUAUCUUAUAAAUUACAUGGAACAUAGAUGAGAAACGUUUACAUUUCAACUGUUUUAGUGGCCACUGCAUAAUGAGUACUUGGGGAUAUAUUCUGGUAGCUGCAUGCAGACGACAUAGUGAGCAGAGACUCAUUCCUGAGGGACCACCUGUACACAGCUCCUCAUCAUAGCUCCCAGUGACAUUAAAGGGAUUUUUGCCCUGCGGAGAGUGGCAGGACUGCAUCCUCGAGGAGAGCUGUGGUCCUCUCUGGGUUACCUCUCAUUGGUUGCAAUUGCAGAUGAAGUUAUAUUGCACUACUCUAAUAAUACUUUUUGAAAGGACUAUUUAGAAAUACUUUGCAAGCACAUGUUUAUAUAUAUUUGUCUAAAGAAUUAUAUGUUAGCUGCAUUGCUCAUGAAAGAUCAUCCUGGAUUUGUUUAUUUUGCAGAUAAGAUGAUAGCCAAGUUCUGAUGUGACAGUAAUUUUGUUCUUUCUGUUUGUAUAUUUGAAAGAAUGCCAAUUCUGUUCUGCAGAAAGUCUUGUCCUUGUUACAUCAUGACUUUAAAAGAGUUUUGGCUGUAUGAUGCCUGAAGACCAACAUACUAUUGAUGACAUGAGAAUCACUGAAUAGCUUUUUAAAAAAGCCAAAUUUUUGACUCAACAAUUAUGUGAAUGUUUGUUUCCUGUUGUCAGUUUUGUGCAGUUCUUUAAUACACUGCAGGCCUUGUACCUUCUUAAUGUUGCCCACCAGUCUGUGUGUGAUUUCCUGUUGUCUUUUUUUUCCUGUACCCAAUUUCAAAUGUCUACUUUGAUGGUAGUGUCUGAGUUAGCUAUGCACGUUUCCUGCAUUAAACACACCUUUAACAUCACUCUUUUCUAUUACGAAGCCUCUGUCUGUGAAAUCCUAUGCUGUCGUUUUUCCCUGAGUGGUAUGACGUGCAAGUGUCAAGGAAAGCAUCAUAUUUCUGUGUGCAGCAUUUCGGUAUUUUAAGCUCCAUAACAUGCAGGUGGAGGGGGCAGGGAGAGAAAAACAUCUGUUUGUUGAAAAUCGGUCAAUUCCUUUUAAAUGCCUCAGUCACUCAAAAUUGAUCUCACUGAAAAUAUAAUGCACAGAGGCAAGGCUAAGAAUGCAUGUGUAUUAAAUACAAUUCUCGUGCCAUGGCAAGACAACUUAAAAUCACAAUUUAAAAUAGUUUGUGAAUGAACAUGUUUUCACUAUUUGUAGUUUCUCUACUCUGCUUUGUGUGAGUGGCCUCUGUAGAGAACCAGUCCUGCUUUAUGCCAUAAAUAUUUCAACAUACCUUCCUUUUCCAGAUUGGUUCUAAAGUCCAUUUCUAACCUGUUAGAUUUACCAGGCUUUAUUCUGAAAGUUACUUGUUCAUAAACAAUCAUGAAUUAAUAAGGCAUCACAAUCAUGAAACUCUUUCUGCUCUCAGAAAAUAAAAUUUAGUGCCUUUAUUUGGGUCCAUUGAAAAUUAUUAGUUAGUUGGGGUCCACACAUACAGUAGGUGUCAGAGCUUUCAGGAUCCACUAAGACUGAUUGUCUGAGAGGCUUUAGUUACAUUUCUGCUGGUAAUUCACAGUACAGAGGUUGCUUACCCUGUUUUUACAGCUGUUUCUCUUUGUAGUAAAGAACGCCUAAGUGUUUUUCAUAAUAGCAAAGAGCUUUAACUGAGAGAGCUAUGUACUGUAACUUAGUAUUUUAAAUCCAAGUGCAAUAACCUCCGAGAUGUUUUUCUGUUGCAAUUAAACCAACGAUGGAAUAAUGAAAAAGCGGUUAAGCAACCUGCAUAUACUCUUAUCAGCUAAUGUGGUCUCUGAGAGCAUAAGCUCUACUGACAAGAGGAAGAGCUGCUGGCCCCUCCUACCUUUUCUCCACUUUGGCCUGCAUUCUCUAGGUGACCAAACUUGUCUCCUUCAUUUCCUGGUCACCACUGAUACUAUCAAUUAAACCUUAAUUGGAAACUGUUGGCUUUGUCAUCCUAUUCUGCAUUUUCUCCCUACUUUUAUUUUUGAUGGGCUUCUUUUCCUUAUCCACAUUCUUUGAGUAAUUCAUCUUCUUACAGAUGUAACUCCUUGACAGUAUGGUCACAAAGCUUCAGCUGCUGGUUUUAUGUCAUCAUUUCAGUUUCCCUCACUUGCUUCCUACCUCUGCAGUUCAAUAUUUGGUUUCUCACUGCUGCAUUAAGCAGUCAUACAUACCUGUCUUUCAUUAGCUCUGCUUUUCUCAUCUGCAGUGCGUCCCAUCUAGACCAACCUCGUCAUGGUACUCCACGUUCAGACUUUGUUGGAUCCUCCCUCCCUGGUGGUGACAUAUUUUGAAGUUAUUCCCUGUGACAGUGCAGAAAAGAAAAGUAAAGAAAUUAAAAUCUAAUUUUAACAGAAGGAAAUAUCUUCUGAAAGAUAUAUAUAACGAUGUGUAACUGUUUCUGCAAUAUAUGUGCAUCUUGCUUUGGCUACUGGCUUCUGAAAUAACUGAGCUUAUAGAUUUACUCUGCUCCAGUUAAAGGAUUUGGAUCUCUGUGUGAUUUGCAUCAAAUCAUAAAGGGCAUUUGAUCUGGGGGGAAACCAAUUAACAUAAAGGCACACCAAAACAGAAAACCUGUAAUUUAUUAAGUAUGUGUUUAAAAUUGGCAAAUGUAACAAGCUUGGGUUGCUUGGGACCAAGGGGGAUUACUCUAAUGAAUUCUCCAUCAUAGAAAAUGGGUUUUCACUGUGCAAUUUACUGUUCUUUGUAAAAUCCUAUGCUUCAUAAUUAAAUACAGCACUAUGAUUUUUGCAGUUUGGCUUUUUUCUCUACAGGAUAAUGUGUAGGCUGCACUUUGAGCAGACAUUUUCACAACAAAGAGUGGCAUCUGAAAAAGAAAUGCAUUUUUGAAAUAGUUGACAAUUAACAUCACUUGGUGAAGAUGCCAAAUGUCAGGAAGUUUAAAGCCAGGGUUUGCAUUUAUCUUUUGAUUUAAAUUGUGAUAAAGCAAAGGGAGAGUAACAAACAGUUGCAGAUGCAGAGAGUGUGCUGUCCUGGAGCCACCAACAAUGCAUUGCUGACAGUAACUGAGACAAUCAUGCUUGUAGCAGAGGACGCAUGCAAUACAUUUUCCGUGAAGAGCUUUAUAGAGCUUCUGCCCAGCUGCCAUGUCUCAAGCAGGUUCAUUAGUUCAAUAUUUUUGUGAGUGCUAAUUUAAAUGACCAGGGUACAAUAGAAAAAUUAAUAAUGGUGCAAGGGAAGGAGGGAGUUUCUUGGGUUUUGUCCAUCUCAACUGAAUGUUAAAAUCCUCUUUCUGGUCUCAAUACACAGUUGAGGAAAUGUGACAUCACUGCAGCUAACUGAGAAGUCCUGAGCUUUAAGAAACCCUAGUUCCUAUACUGAGAGUUCAGUUCAUUUGCACAGAGUGUGCUUCCAGGGCUAAUGCUGAACAGUAGCCACUCCCCUUACAUAACGCAUGCAACAGGAUAAGUCCAUGUAUCUCAGAUUCUCUAAUCUCCUCAAUGAUCAGAAACAUGUAAAAUGUGAUGUCAUUUACAAAUAAUGUGUUUUAAAUCUAAUUUCUCAGUCCCUACAUUUAGAGAAUGAAGUGCAGUUGACAGCUUUUCUCUUAAUUUCUGUCCUGUUCAGCCUGCUACCAAGGGCAGAGGUUCAACCAUAGAAUGAAGAACUACAGGCAUCAACUAUGUGUGCACUUCAUACAAUAGACUGCUAUUAUAUGAGAAAAUAAAUUUGCAAUCUUAACCCAGAACAAGAGGACACAGUUCAGGUGUACAAGUAGUUUUGCAAGGCCUGUGAUGCUAAAAUAGAGAGAGUUUGAUGCAUGAGCUAUUUGAUGGAUAAGGAAUUGGCUGGACUAGGCAUCCAAAGUGUUGCAGUCAGCAAACAGCUCAGUGUUGAAAUGGAGAUCAGUAAUAGGUGGUGUGAAUUCAUUGUCUUGGGACCAAUACUAUUUAAUAUUGACAUCAAUGACAUAGUGACAUAAAGUGUACUCUCAGUAUCACGAAUGACACCAAGCUGAGUGGCACAGUUGAUUUGCUGUAGGGAAGGGAUGUGUAUCAGGUCUUCAAAAAUCAAGUGUCUUUGACUUACAGGAGAAGGCUUAAAAACUUGCAUGGUUUAUAUUCAGAGUAGAACUGAAAGCAUCCUACCACCCAAACACACACCUAAAGCAUUACAAGGAGUCAGGAGAACACGAAGGUGUCAUGAAAGCUUCUGUAGUUUGCACUCAUCAAAGGAAACAGAUGGGAAAGCCCAUCUUGUGUUGUAGCUUUUCUAAAAUGGAGACUGUGUUUCCCUAAGCACUAAUAAAAUACCUUAAAUUUCUCAUAAACUGUAGAAGUGUUUUGGGGUCAUCUUCCUACCUCAGAAAAAAAAGUUUUACUCUGCUAAUAGAGAGGUAGUAAUAAUAGAGCUAAUAAUAGCUGAGAGGUGCAUUGCUAAAGCCUUGAACACUCCACAACAGUUAAUCUCUACCAGCAGGAUGUAGAGGUCAGCUUCAGUAAGGCUGCUAGAGGGCAGGUUCAGACAUGCAGAACUGUAAUGAUGACAACCACAGCUCGGAUGACAUGAAGCUGACCCAGCUGCAGCGUCUUAAUUUCAGUGUAGUGAGUAUGGCACUUGCCCUAGACAGGAGCCUGCAGUUUCACUUUCUGUUUAUCCUGAGUGGACCCAAACCCAUGACACAUAGUUUUUAGAAGGAUGCCAUAGUAGAUAUGAGGUUAUUCAGAUGAAGGGAAAGGGAUAGCUACUCUAAUUAAUUAGAGUAUUGAUCCUCUUGGAGCUGGAGCUCAAUGCAGAAGAGGAUUCAGGACUGACAUACAAGAUACAGAAGAGGCAGCGGGCAACAGAAAAAGUUAGAAAUAAAACUAGCAAAAAUGUAUGCAAUUUUCAGGAAGGUAUCAUAGAAACAAGAGUGUGUAUGUACUUCCCUGCAGGAUAAAAGAAAUGUCUCCUCCCCACUUUGAAGAUACCCUGGCCUGUAGAGGUUUCUGGGAAUGGAUACAGUUUUGAAAGAUAAGCAUAAUCCUCAUCCUGCUUUGUAGGGACCUAUCUCCCCCUGAGUCACUAGACAGAAGUCUAGAGGGGACCUAAAAGUUUUUCCUUGGAUCUGACAGUUGCUAACAACUCAUGUUAUUUGCCUGUUAUUUAGAAGCCUUUACUUCACAAUGAUGCACAGUGUAAAAAACCCAAAAUUUGUGCUUAAAUUUUUAAACGGGAAAUAUUUGAAACAGAACCUACUUGCCUAUUUGUAGUCUGUCAUGCAAAGUAAGUGUUUUUGUUCUUUCCCUUCCAACAGACUGUGAUGGCCUCUUCCAGCAGACCCACUGAAUGUUGUUUCGUUGAUGGCUAGCAGUCACUAUAGGUAAAUGAAAUAAUAUCAUAUGAAUCCUCUGUGUCCUAAACCUGAUACUGCUGUGACGCAACAUACAUGUGAGAGGCUUUUUUUGGAUUUGUGGAGAAACAAAAUCAAAGCAAAAAACACCCUGUCCUGGUUUCAGCUAGGACAGAGUAAUUUUUGCAGUAACCAGGAGAGGGUGUUGCUAGGACAUAGAGUUAUUCUAUAGCAACUCAUGUCCCACUGCUGGUGGCAUGGGAAAGGGACUUCUCCAGGGAGCAGGAGUUCCUUACCAUCAAGAAAAUGUGGUGGAGGGAGCUGUAUGGUAUUGUCUAUCAUCAGGAUGAGUUCCGUGUGAAUAUUUUUUUUUGUACCCUCUGUCAUUACUGUUGUUGCUGCUGCUGUUCAUUUUUUCUUAUCUCCUUGCUGUUUCCAGUAAAUUGUUCUUAUCUCAACCUGUAAUCUUUGCCUUUUGUGCCUCCAAGUCUGCUCUCCAUCACACCACAGAGGGGAAAGGGAGGGGGAAAAAGUGGGGAAAAGAGGCAAUGGCACAUGGUUUGGAGAAUCUUGGUGGGGGCACUGAACUGGGGAGCACCAUUCCUAAACCAGGACAGUCUUAUUUGGAGCCCAGUGUGGCACAUGGAAAAUUGAGAUAACAGAUCUGACCACAGUGGGUUGGAACAAAUUUGAUCUAAGCAUUUGUUGUAUUAGGUGUGGACCCACUGGUCACAAUGUUGCUUGGUCUAUUCUCAUGGGUGUGGUACCUAACCCUGUAUAGAUGCCCUUAUUUGCUUCUUCCAGUGCUCUCUUUCAGAGCAGGUGGAGGGGUCAGGAUUGCCUUGUUGCUCUAUGGUGGGAUAUCAGUUUAUGACAUGAUAACAAAGGGCAAUGAGGCUCAUUUGAGAUGUGUAUAUUCAGUGUUGCUCUCCUACCCUUCCCUCAGGUGUUACCUUUGAGAAUAAAUCAAAUCUGUAGGGGAAACAGGGGAGAAUGAUUUUCUCUAGCUCUUCACCUUCUCAACUUCAGGAUUGCUAAAAUAGCUUUCGAGAAUUUUGAAUUUCCCUUUGGAAGUUCAGGAAAGCACGUUCUCAUUGCUAGGUCUGCCAGGUCUCUUCAGUGCAGUCCACACCGUGUUUAAAAGUUACAAAAGAAAUUUUUAGGAAGGCUUUUCAGAGAUUUCUUCAAUAGUUUGGAUAUUCAGCCCUGAACAACACUCUUAAAGUGCUAAAAUAUGUGAAAGGAAAAAUGCUGUGGCAGCUCCAGGAAGGCGCAAAGUUAUGCAGUGUUCUGGGCCCUGGCUACUAUUUGUUGGACACUUCUUGAUCCCAGACAGCACCCUCAGGGGGAGGAGGAGGAAAGCAGACCAGUAGGCCACUCAGACUGCAGAUGAACCACAAGAACAAUCCAUGCAGGUAGCAACUGCCCCUGUACAGAAGAAGUCCAGGACCAGAACAGUUCGCUUAGUGAGGGAUGAAGAGGAAUUAGGGACCUCACAACAUGUCUGGGUUUCAGACAGAUACUGGGGGAGAGAAUCCAGCAAAUAAGGUCUCUCCUUUUUAUUUAAAACCUCUCCCCUUUGCACCAAUAAAGAGAGAAAAAAUGUGAGGAGAUAUAAGUGGUAAAAACCACAGUUUACUGAAAAUAUAUAACAACUGUAAAAAUACAAACAAAACAGUUUAAGCCAAUAAGGGACAGAGAUCAUCUUUAGUUUCUUCCCCAUUGGUGUACUGACAACAUGGUGGCAACACACGCUCUCCCCCCUCUCCUCCUGGGAGAACAAAAUAAAAGUACUGUGGCAGACAAGUUUCUGCAGUUUAACACCCUUCCCAGCCAGACAAAAACCGCGGCGAGGGGGGGGCAAAGAAAAACCUAGGAAAAGCCACUUGUCCACACAAAGUUAUAGUAUUAAACUGCUCUUGGGCCUUGGAAAGCAAGUCCUGUGGUGACAUGACACCUCAGAAAGAACUGAGUCGGACAAUGGGACUAAUUUCAAAAAACAGCCUCAUAGACACCUGGGCCAGAGAGCAAUGGGACUGAGUGGGUAUAACAUAUCACCUACCAUGCACCAGCCUAUGGGAAAAUUUAAUGGUACAAUGGACUGUUAAAAACACCGCUGAAAGCAAAGGGUUGUGAAACCUUCAAACAUUAGAAUCUACAUUUAGCAAAGGCCACCUGAUUUGGUAACACUGGAGGCUCUACCAGUCAAGCUGGCCUUGUAGAAUCAAAACCUCCAUGUACUGUGGAAGGGGAUAAAGUCCCCAUGAUGACUGUGAGGAAUAUGUCAGGGAAGGCAGUUUGGAUUAGUCCUGCCUCAAGACAAGGAAACCCAUCUGUGGCAUUGUUUUUGCUCAAGGAUCAGGGUACGCUUGGUAGGCAAUGCAGAGGGGCUGGGAAACAUGAUGUUUUCCUCAAGGGAAUUUGGUUUUUGCUGGGUAAGAACAGUCUGUAAUGUUCAAUUCUAUAAUACUGGUUGCUGCAUGAUGCUGCCACUGUAUGCCAUAACUACCAGUGAGGAUGGACUGCUCCAGGCUCCACAGUUGUGAGCUCCUGAUGCAGCUUGUAACCAGUCAACAGCACACCAGCCCUCCCACCCUGGAAGACAUCUGGGAUGGAUAGAACCCCUGCUCAUGGACUAAAUGAAUGCAUCAAACAUCUUGGAGCGACAGCCUUUGACUGUGGAAGUGAGACCUGUGCUUUUGUAUAUCUAUAUAUGUGUGUGUGUGUGUAUACUUAAACACACACGCACACACAUAUAUAUGUGUAUAUAGUUGGAAGGUGUAGGAUCUUGGCGUGAUGUUGAUGGUAUAGAAAAAGGGGUGAAUAAUGUCCUAGUUCCAUCCUGGACAGGGUUAAUUUUUGCAGUAGCCAGUAAGGGGCGUGGUUGGGCACCUCACAUCAUUGCUUGGGGCAGGGGAAAGGGACUUUCUUCCAGGGUCAGAGGGUUCCUUACGAUUGAGAAAACAUGGUGGAGGGUAUUGUCUGUUAUUGAGGGAGUUUCCUUGUGAAUAAUUUUUUCUUGUACCCUCUGUCCUUAAUAUUGUUGGUGCUACUGUUUAUUUUUUCUUAUCUCCUUGUUGUUCCCAAUAAACUAUUCUUAUCUCAGCCCAUAA